AAUACAACACGAGAUGUUCCAUUAGCAAUCAUUCUUAAACAACUUGGUGAUAUAACAGAAAAAACUUGAAAUACAUAGAAUUGGUGCACGUGAUCCGCCAUUAGAAUUACAAAUAACAGCAACUGGUACAGGACCUGUCUUAUUUAUUGAACCAAGUGACUUACGUUUUGGUACAAUAAGUGUACUUGAUGAUCAUGUACAAAUACUUUCUUUAUCAAAUGAAUCACCUAUUCCAGCUGUAUUUCAUUGUGAAUCUGAAAAGAAAAAUUCUUGUUUUUCAUGUGAACCAAAUUCUGGUAUUGUUGAACCUCAUACAGCAAUAGAAAUUCGUGUUAUUGCAAAACUUAAUGAUCGUUUAAAAUUUAAUGAAGAUUUAAUUAUUUAUGUUGAACAUAGCACACCAUGUACAAUACCAAUAACAGCACAAGGUACAGGUGCAUUAAUUGUACCUGAUGUACCUAUAUUCCCAUGUCUUAAUUUGGGUUCACGUUUUGUUGGUACAUCAAUUGUUCAACGAAUUCAUUUUACUAAUAAAGGACGUCGUCAAUUGGCUGUUCAUUUUAUUUCAGCAAGUGAUACAAAAGCUGCCUAUGGUAUACAGAAAAAAUCGAAAAAUAAUAAUGCUAAAGAAAAUGAAAAUGAUCCAUUAUCUGAUUUAAUAUUUCGUCUUGAACCUGAACGAUUAGAAUUUGCACCAGGUGAAACACGUUUAUUAACAUUAACUGGUUUUGCUUCGCAACCAAAAAUAGUCGAUGAAGCAUUUACAUGUUUAGCUAUAAUUGGUCGUUCAACUGGUCGUGAUAAAUUACUUUCAUUAAAAAUUCAUUGUGAUUUUAUUGAACCAUUGAUGUCAUUUUCUACAACAGAUCUUUAUUUUCGUGUUGAAUAUAAUGAACCAAUAAUAACCGAUAAUUUACGUUUACCAAUAUCAUCCGAAUUAACAUUCUCAAAUAUAUCUGCUAUUGAUUUAACAGCACAUCUUCGUGUAAAACAUCCAUUUCUAUUAAAAAAUGAUUCCGAAGAUGAAUUUCAUUCAACAAGUCGUAUAGAUAGUACAGAUGAAAAUCUACUUGAUAUACCAGCGAAUUUUACAUUAACAAAAACAAUAAAAAUUUUAACCGGAAUGAGUUAUUCAGAACAAGUUUAUUUUGAUCCAAGUGCUAAUACAAAAGAAUUAUCAUGGAAAUGUGAUGAACAAUUAAUUUUUACAUAUGAAGAACAUGCUUUUAAUGAUAUUAUUAAUUUACAUGGACAAGUACAUUAUCCAAAUUUAUUAAUUGAAAAUACAAAUCUCGAUUUUGGUUGUAUACUCAAUGGAUCAGAAGUAACACGAUAUUUAACGAUUGUUAAUGUAAGUCCAUUACCUGUUAAAUAUCUUUGGGCAUUUAUACUUGAUGAAAAUGAACAAAAUUUUACAUUUGAACCACAACCAUUAUCAACAGUUUCAGCAACACAAUCAGAUCAAACACAAAUUCAAAGUGGACCAUGUCUUCAAGCAGGAGAAACUGAAAAAACUGCUAUUCGUUUUUAUGGUCAUUCAGGUAUAAAAGCUAAUGUUAAAGCUAUAUGUCAAGUUGAAAAUGGUCCUGUUUAUGAAUUAACACUUCAUGGUCAAGCAUCACAUAUGGCAUAUCGUUUAAAUACACAUGAACUUGAUUUUGGUGAUGUACAUUUUGAUAAAUCAGCAACACGUACAUUAACAUUAACAAAUGCUGGUAUUGUUCCAUUAGAUUUUCAAUUUUUAAAUUUAAAUAAUUUAAAUACAAAUGAACAAUAUGCACAUAUAACAAUAACACCUGAAUCAGGUCUAUGUCCAGCAUUAACAUCAACAGUCAUAACAAUAAAAUUUCUUCCAAAUAUUCCGGAACAUUUUGAGAAAAUAAUUUUUCUUCAAGUUGCACAUUUUCAACCUGAUAAAAUACAAUUAAUUGGUACAGGCAUGUUUUCAAGAUUAGAUAUUAAUUUACCACGUCAUAUUGAUGAUAAUUCAAUAGAAGAAAAACUUUUACACAAUAUUAAACAUGAAGCAAGUGAAAAUAAUUCACAACACGAUCAACAACAACUUGAUACACUUGUUGUACGAAAUUUUGUUGAAAAAUCGAAUGAAAUGAAUACAAAUUUAGGUGAAUCUGUUGAUCAAACGAAUCAAGCACAACAACAUCAAUCAGUACGUUCAAGUAAUUUGUCAUUAUCAACAUCAACAACAAGUUUAACAAAACGAACAUUUAGUAGUAAAUUAAUGCCUGUAUUACCGGAUUAUAUUGUUGAUUUUGAAUAUAUUAUUUUGGGAACUGUGCGACAACAAAAUGUUCAAAUAAAAAAUCCAACAAAUAAUAAUAUUACAUUUCAGUUUGAACGUAUAGCAUAUAAAAAUACAGGAUUUUCAUUUGAUUGUGAUCGUAUUAAGAAUUUACCACCAGGAGAAUCAAUUACAAUAACAAUUACAUUUGAUCCACGUGGAGCUAAUCUUGGACUUGGUCCAGUUGAAUGCCGAGUACCAGUUGAAGUUACAUCUGGUCCAUCAUUUCAUUUACGUCUUAAAGCUAAUGUAACAAUGCCAGAUUUAAACGCAUCAAAUGAUACACUUGAUUUUAAUACUGUUAAAUGUGGUGAAUGUAAAAUAGCAACAAUACAAUUACGAAAUCCAAAAGAAAUUGCAUGCGAAUGGGUUGCUGCUUAUCCAGGAGAAGAUUCAACUGGUAAACCAAUAAGUCGUUUUCCUCGUCGUGGAAAUACAAGCGCGAGACGAAAACCAUCAACACGUAUUUUUGAAGUUUUACCACCAUCGGGAAUUAUUUUAGCUGGUCAAAAAGUGAAUGUUCAAAUUAAAUUUACGCCUGCUGAAGAAACAACAUAUGAAUCACGUGUUUUAUUACGUAUUAAUCAAAGCAGUCAACGUUUAAUGAUUAUAUGUCGUGGUAUUGGUCUUGAACCUCAAAUUAUUGUUGGACAAAUGCAUGGAACUACAUUUGAACCAACAACAUCAAUUGUAUUUAAUCCAAUUUUAACACAUAGUCAUGGUGAUGAACAAGAAAUCGUCAUACGUAAUCCAUGUACAUUUCCAGUUGAAAUCUAUAAUCUUGAAUUUGACAAGCAAUUUCUUGAUGAAGAAAAAGUUCUUCGACUCUUACCAGGUUAUGAUGAAAAUAAUAAUAUUCUUUUACCAACACGACCUGCUGGAGAAAAAUUACCAGGUGAAAUACAGAAAUUUUAUGAAGAUGUAGUUAAACGAGCUGAUGAAGAAAAACUCGAAGAAUCAACUAAGAGAACUGAGGAAGCAUCACUUGCAGCUGAUGGAAUUGAUUCACAUAUUGGUGAAACGAGUAAUGUAUCACAUCAACCAACAUCUAAUGUUGAACGUAGUGGUGAUAGAUUAAUUUUUAAUUCAAAUUUUGAACAUACAGAAUCACUUCUUGAUAAAAGUGAAUCAACAUUAAAACGUGUUGCCGAAAAAAUUAUUGAUUAUGAAAUGACACCUGUAGCUCAAGCAUUAGCACGUCAUUUAGGCAUUGAUUUAACAUCAGAUGGUGUACAAGCACGUAAUCGACGUGGUAUUUCUAUUAUAGUUCAUGGUCCACCUGGUUCAGGAAAAACAAUGAUAUCACGUGAACUUAGUCAACGUUAUGAUUGUGCAUUGUUAAAUCUUGAUCAAAUAAUUAUUGAAGCUAUUGAUAGUGCACAACGAAAUGAAUUUGCUCAACGUGCUUAUCAAACAUGUCGUGAAGCAUAUGACAAACAUGUUGAAGAACAACGAUUAGUAGAACAAGAUGCUGAUCAUGUUGCUGCUCCUGCCCCAGCAGCUACACAUGUUAAAAAACCAACAGAUAAAAAGAAAAAAGGCGGUGAAGUAGCUGAUUCAAACGCUCAAUUAGCAACUCAGGAACCUCAACCAUUAGCAGCACCACCACAAAUUAAAUUUAAAAUACAUAAACAUUUAACAAGUGCCGCUAAUGCUGAAUUAUCUCAUACACAAAGAAAUGCAGAAGAUAGUCCAUAUAUUGCUGAUGAUGAUCAAGAAGAACUUAUGUCUUAUAUACUUACAGAAGAUGUUUUUGUUGAAAUUCUUGCUACUAGACUUCAGAAACCGGAUUGUCUUCAUGGUGUUGUCUUUGAUAGUCUUGACACAUCAUUUCUUGCUACUGUUUCUCAAGCAGCAAUUGCAGUUCUUAAAGCAAUUAAUAAUCGUUCAUAUAUUUAUGCUAUUUUAACAAAUUUUUCGUAUGCGAAAUAUAAAGAAGCACAAGCCAGAGCUGAUGAAAUACGCCGUUCAGAAGAACGAUUACGAGAACAAAAUGACAAGGAAUAUGUUGAAGAAAUGGGUGAAGAUGAAUAUGAUGCACUACCUGAGGAAGAAAAGCAACGUAUUGAUCAAAAAAGAUUACAACAAAAGAAAGAUCGAAUUCUUAGAGAACAACGUAUUAAAGAAGAAAAAGCUCGAUUAGAACAAGAACGUUUAGCAUUAAAAGAAACUGAACCAAAAAAGGGUAAAAAAGGUGGUGCAAAUCAACCAGCCGCGGGUAAAGGUGGAUCGAUAGCUGGUGGUGAUAAAAACCUUGCAGCAUCGAAUGCUACAGUUGCUGGUGCAAAAGGUGGUUCUCGAUUAACAUUAGUUAGUGCUCGUGGUCCAACUGGUUCUGAUCGAUCAACCAUAAAAAUGGAUGGAAUAAGUACUGAAGAUAUUGAUAAGAAAAAAAAAUCUAUGAAAGAUCUUGCUAUAAAAGAAGAAGAAGGUUCAAAUUCAUUAAUGAAAGGAUCAACAACAAGUGAUCUUGAUGAGGAAAAAGAAAAGAAAAAAGAAAAAGAAUUGCUUGUCAAAUUUAAAACAUUUGAUUUUUAUCGUAAUGAUUUAAUGAGCGUUUUUGAUUUAUGGGAUCGAACAAAAGGUGUAACACGUAGUCCACCAACACCAACAAAUCAAUCAGAAGAUGAUCAUGGAUCAGGUGCAGUUGGACCGGGUGGCAAAAAAGGUGCACAAAAGAAAGACAAAGGAAAGAAAUCUGAUACAAAAGAAAAGGAAAAAGCUGAAAAAGUCGAUGAAACUGGUCCGGUAGGUACACCUAGUCAACAACACUUAGCUAGUGCAACACCAUCUGUUUAUGAUGAUAGUACACAGAUAAUGAAAGAUGAUUCAAAAAAAAACAGCAGCAGCUGUAGCUGA